AUGGGUGACUGGAACUUUCUGGGGAGACUAUUAGAGAAUGCGCAAGAGCACUCCACAGUUAUUGGCAAAGUUUGGCUGACGGUACUGUUUAUCUUCAGGAUUUUGGUGCUGGGGGCGGCUGCUGAGGAGGUCUGGGGAGAUGAACAAUCAGAUUUUACAUGCAACACCCAGCAACCUGGUUGUGAGAACGUCUGCUAUGACGAAGCCUUCCCCAUCUCCCACAUCCGCUUCUGGGUGCUGCAGAUCAUCUUUGUCUCCACCCCGACCCUCAUCUACCUGGGUCACGUGCUCCACAUUGUGCGCAUGGAGGAAAAGAAAAAAGAGAAGGAAGAAGAGAUUAGGCAAACCGGAAACGGCAGGGAAGCAAGCCGCCUCCUGCAAGGAUCAAAAGUGGAAGUGGGCAGCGGCGAGAACAGCAGCGGCAGCAACGACAAGCAGCCGCCAAAGCAGAAAGAGGAGAAACUACCUGUCCGCGAUGAGCAUGGCAGGAUUCGCAUGGCAGGUGCCCUGUUGCGCACCUACGUUUUCAACAUUAUCUUCAAAACUCUCUUUGAAAUAGCCUUUAUCUUGGGCCAGUACUUCCUUUACGGUUUUGAGUUGAAGCCACUCUACCGUUGCGGCCGCUGGCCCUGCCCGAACAUUGUAGAUUGUUUCAUUUCGCGGCCCACGGAGAAGACCAUCUUCAUCAUCUUCAUGCUGGCGGUGGCCUGCCUCUCUCUGCUCCUCAACAUGUUUGAGAUGUACCACUUGGGAUGGAAAAAAUUCAAGCAGGGCAUGACCAGUAGACGCAGCCAUGCAGCAGCCACCUUCACCCCCCUCACGCCAGCCUCAGAAGUGGAGGACUCCAAACCUGCCUCCCACGCAGCCUUGCCGGUACCUGCAGCACCACCAACCGCAACCUCCAUCACCAUGCCUGAAACUCGUACCAUCACCCCGCUGGUUUAUCAACAAGCUGGGUUGCCACACUACGCAGACGUUACCUCCAGGCCACAGCCGGCCUCUGUUGCAACCUCUCUGACUGGCUACCCAGGGGGUCCUUUGGCCGGCGAGGACAGGCACAAAGCCCUCAGGCACACGGCAGUCUCCACCCCAGUCGCAACCACGUCGUCUAUCCCUUCACCUUCGCCCGUCAACAACUCCUACUUCAGUAGCCAAGCGCUGGCUGAUGAGCACAACUGGGCCAAUUUGGCCGUCGAGCAGCAGAGGAAACUCGCAGGCUCCAGCUCAGCGGCCUCCUCCACCCCCAGUAGCCUCCGACAACCUCACCCGGAGCAAGGGGAGCCCAGAGAGCACCCGCCGCCUCCACCUUCUCUGUCGCCUGUGGCUGCCGCCAACAGCAGCAGCCUGAGUACCAGCCUGAGUGGGGGCAGUGGCAGCAAGUGGGAUGGAGAGGGUGAAGAGGAAGGGUCCUCGAUGUCGGCUGCCUGCACCUUGGUGGAGAUGCACGACCCACCGCUGCUCAUAGACACGCGUCGCUUGAGCAGGGCUAGUAAAUCCAGCAGCAGCAGAGCCAGGUCUGAUGACUUGACCGUGUAA